GAUGGGGUUUUUGUCCUCAGUAUUGGAAAUGCAAACUGUUUCGUUUGGCUAACAAGCGUGCCAUUUCAUUCUGCUUGAGGAAGUUCCUGCAUUGCCCCGGUUGCAGUUGUGCUGUCGUCGCCAGUAUCCCAUGAUAGCUAGCUUAUUCCCUGACCUCGCCGUUUUCUGUGUCGGCGGUGAACUCGCUGGUGUACGUCCUCUGCUUGUUGCAUGGUAGACGAUGGCGGCCUCAAAGCCUGUCGAGCCGCAGUCAGGCAGCGGUCUUCCCCGUUGGCAGCUUGCGCUACUGGUGGGGACUCCUAUUGUAUUGGGGGUCGGAGCCAUAUAUCUGUGGAACCGCAGCCGAACGAAAGAGAAGCAAAGCAAGCGCGAUGGAGAGAGGAAAACGCCAGAAGGCAGCGCCAGUCCCGUCCAGGGCCAAACACAGCAAGACGGCGCGGCUAACCGAGCUGCCAGAGAGCAGGACAUGAGCCCACUGGACCGGGCCCAGGGUGCCAAGAACAAGGGCAACAAGUACUUCAAGGCCAGCAAGUACGAGCAGGCCAUCCAGUGCUACACGGAGGCCAUCAGCCUCUGCCCCAAAGAGCAGAAGGGAGACCUGUCCACCUUCUACCAGAACCGGGCCGCCGCCUACGAGCAGCAGAUGAAGUGGGCGGAGGUGGUGGAGGACUGCACUCGGGCGGUGGAGUUGAACCCGCGAUACGUCAAAGCCCUGUUCCGCCGGGCCAAAGCGCAGGAGAGGCUGGACAAGAAGAAGGAAUGCCUAGAAGACGUCACAGCGGUGUGCAUCCUGGAGGCCUUCCAGAACCAGCAGAGCAUGCUGCUGGCCGACAAGGUGCUGAAGCAGCUGGGGAAGGAGAAAGCCAAAGAGAAGUACAAGAACCGUGAGCCUCUGAUGCCCUCCCCGCAGUUCAUAAAGUCUUACUUUAGCUCCUUCACCGAUGACAUCAUCUCCCAGCCCCUGCAGAAGGGAGAGAAGAAUGACGAGGACAAAGACAAAGAGGGGGAGGCGGCGGAGGUCACGGAGAGCUCUGGCUACCUGAAGGCCAAGCAGUACAUGGAGGAGGAGAACUACGACAAGAUCAUCAGCGAGUGCACCAAGGAGGUGGAGUCCCGGGGGAAGCACAUGGCCGAGGCCCUCCUCCUGCGCGCCACCUUCUACCUGCUGAUCGGCAACGCCGCCGCCGCCCAGCCCGACCUGGACCAGGUCAUCAACAUGGAGAGCGCCAACGUCAAGCUGCGCGCCAACGCGCUGAUUAAGCGCGGCAGCAUGUACAUGCAGCAGCAGCAGCCGCAUCUCUCCACGCAGGACUUCAACAUGGCCGCCGAGAUCGACACGCAGAACGCCGACGUCUACCACCACCGCGGCCAGCUGAAGAUCCUGCUGGACCAGGUGGAGGAGGCCGUCGGGGACUUUGACGAGUGCAUCCGCCUGAGGCCCGACUCUGCACUGGCCCAGGCACAGAAGUGCUUCGCUCUGUACCGCCAGGCGUACACGGGGAGCAACCCCUCCCAGGUGCAGACGGCCAUGGACGGCUUCGAAGACGUGAUCAGGAGGUUCCCCAAGUGCGCCGAGGGCUACGCGCUCUACGCGCAGGCCCUGACUGACCAGCAGCAGUUCGGGAAGGCUGACGAGAUGUACGACAAGUGCAUCGAGCUGGAGCCAGACAACGCCACCACAUACGUGCACAAAGGUCUCCUGCAGCUCCAGUGGAAACAGGAUCUGGACAUGGGUCUGGAGCUCAUCAGCAAGGCCAUAGAGAUCGACAACAAGUGCGACUUCGCCUACGAAACUAUGGGAACCAUUGAAGUCCAAAGAGGCAACCUGGACAAGGCCAUUGACAUGUUCAACAAGGCCAUAAACCUGGCCAAGUCUGAGAUGGAGAUGGCCCACCUGUACUCGCUGUGCGAUGCAGCCUACGCCCAGACUGAGGUGGCCAAGAAGUACGGACUGAAGCCUCCGACGCUGUAACUAUCUGCACCGCCCCCGCCCCGCCAUCUCCUCGCGUCGCGCCACCCUUCUACCCCGCCUGGCCAGCCCUGCCCUGCCCCGCCCCGCCCCGCCCUCAGCUCAACCUGGGUUUUCCAUAUGUUCUGUCAUGUUCCAUUUCAUUUUGUAACACGUUGACUAACAAUAAAAGAGAAACAGUUCUGCGAUCAUUGAAUUAUGUUCUACAUAAUUGUAAUGUGAAAAUGACUUUUUUUUUUUGUGUUCCUGUAAAGUGUUGGACUGUUUGACAAGGAAAUUAAUCUGUCCUUCAAGGUCAUAAUGUAACGUGGAAGCAAAACAAGCAUGUGUCUACAUAACACACUUCUGCCACCAAGGACUUUUAAACCUCCAGGUGGUGUCCCACGAUUCCUGUUGAAAUGCCACACUACAGUAUGACAACCAUAUCAAACUAAUGUGAUUGGCUGAGUGAUUUGUUGUCGAAGGAGCUCACGUUCUAGAGUUGUGAGUCAAGAGCAACGCACUCUUCUCUAUCACACCAGUCCAAAAUCUUCUGGUUUACAAGCAAUAGAAUUUAUCUGAAGCUCCACUGGCAUAUAUUGGCUUGUGUGCAUGAAACGCCUCUUGUGGUUGUAAACCUGACAUUGCUCUCAACUUUAUAUAUCUUUAUGAGACAGACAAAUUUAGUGCCACUUAUCUAGAAGGCUCCCCAUGGGAAGGCAUUGUAGUUGCUCCUUUAAAUUGUAAAAAAAAAAAAAAAUACAAACCCACACUAAUGAUCGGCAAAUAUCUUGGUAUUAGAUUAGAGCAUGGCUGCCCAACUCUGUUCCUGGAGGUCUACCAUCCUGUGGGUUUUCAUUUCCACCCUAAUUUGGCACACCUGAUCCUACUAAUUGGCAGCUCAACAACGAGGUCCCCAGCUGUUGAAUGAAGUGUGCUUUGGUAGGGUUGAGGUGCGAACCUAUAGAACGGUAGAUCUCCAGGAACAGGGUUGGGCAGCCCUGGAUUAGAGCCACAGCAAGGAAGCUUUUUUUUUUUUUUCUUUCUUCAAAUUCAGUGGCUGAAUGAGUGAGGAAAUGAGCCGACAAUCUUAAAGCGCUGACGUGCCACGUGAAGGGUGUGCACGAAACGGAUUCACCGAGCACUGAGGUGCACAGGGGCAAAGGGGGCCCUCCCCUGGCAAUGAACCUGAACCUCCCUUCCACGUCCUUAAUGGAUCCACUGCACUCACAGCAGAGUGCAAGCGGUCACAGUUCAGUUUCAUUGCCAUCGUUAUUUCUGUCGAAAGUGAUCUCAACUGUGCUGUGAGGCCACCCGCACCCUUGGUCUUGAUAUGCCUCAUGCAAGGAUGCAGGCUGUGUAAGACUGUAGUGAAAAGGCGUGCAAUUCAGUGUGCCAGUGUGUUUGUACUGCUUUGGAGUGUGGAGAUGUCUGGGAUUAAAGGGGUGACACUGGAUUUGGGUCGUACGAUGUUAUUUGUUUUCUUUUUAUAUUUUGUAUAGCGUGUGCGGGAUUCAUAUUUUUUGAAUGAAUGUUGAUAUAAUUCUGGUGUUGUAAUAGUGCUUUCUGCUCAUCCAGCUGUUCUGUUAUGGAUGGGCUUCAGUGAAAUGUCCUUCCUGAAUUAAUUCUAUAAAUCUGUUUUUUUCCCACUGAUGGUUUUCUUUUUCUUUACUGUUUGAGGAAUGUCUGGCGAGGUUUUCUUUUUUUAAACACCCGUAUUUCAUAAUUUUGGAAAACUGCUUUCUCUAUGCCAAAUUACCAGUGGUGGUUUAAAUACAACUAUGCAUUCAACUUUUAUUUUCUUUCUUUUCUUUUUUUUUUUUUUUUUUUGGAAGCCCUGAAAAUACGCUCACACCCACACAUCUUACGCAUUGUUCUCGCCCCCGUCCUCCCUUGGUCAUGCUUAACCAAAUCGCUCUCAAAUUAAAUUUUGCAUUAUUUAAUUAAAUGUCACUAGUUUGAAGAAUCACACGACGUCUGAAGCCAUGUUCUUUUUUACGGCAGAAAUAAAUGCCCUGGACAGUGGCAGAUAGAAGAUAUUAGCAUUCUGUGAGCUGCCGGUGUUCUGUUUGUUGUUCUCCAAAUGACCGGGCUGAUUUGAUCACACACUUCAUUUAAGACCGCUCUACAUUUAGUGUACAGUAGCCCAUGAUGUAACCAUCACUGCAGUUUUAAAACUGACAUUUGCUUCUUUUCAAUGUGCUUCAGUGCAAAAGCCUUAAGUUUUAGUGGGGAAUUGACUUUAGAGGUAGCAGUCAGGAUGUCAGCUUGCAAUACUUGAGCAACUGGUUUUGUCAUUUGGUAUGGGGAUGCAAACUGAUUUAGGUGUGUAUUCGUUUUGCCAGCCUGUUCUAAUUUUGUUACAGGGUUCCUUUGCAUAUAUAUAUGGGUUUUUGUUCAGUUUCAAAAGUCUUGAUAGAAUACCAAAUUUUUGCUAAUAUACCCAUUGGAUCAGUGAAAGGGACUAUAAAAAUUAUAUAUGUUAAAAGUACACUUCCGUAUCUGUUGAUUCCAGCUGAGUUUUUAAGGUAGAGGUGUGAGAUUGCUGUCACUUAGAGAAAUGUCAAGUUCCUACAGCAGCAUGACUCUUUGUUUCACUAAUUUGAUGUCAAAACUCAAACGACAUUUAUAAAUAUGGUAUCCUAAACCCAUCAAGCCAGAAUAUGCCCUGUGCUGUUGGUACAGUGAUUGUUGUGUAAAUUGUCUGUGUGACUAUCACACAGCAAACUCUUGGCUGCAUCAUGUGUGUGGGCAUCUGCCUGAUCAGCCAGGGGGAGUGGAGAUAUAUAAUAUCAUCCUGUCUGUUAUGUUUUUUACAGAAUUGUAUCAACAGAUAACAUGUUGGAACCUGAAAUAAAGUACAUUAAUGAAUUUGUUCUA